AUGGCGGCUCUCUCCGCGUCUUCCGCUCUGGCUGUGUCCAGACUUACAUCUCUUCCAUUGGCGCAUUCUUCAUUCUCCCCGCUGCGUUCAGCGGGAAAAGCUCCGCGAUUCACUUUCCGCGUACGCGCAGACGCGUCAGGGGGGGACGCGGAACCCGUGGUCGAGAAUGCGUCUUCCGCGGGAUCCGCGGAAGCUCCGCCGAAGAAGAAGACGAUUCGGCGGGUGAAGAAGCCGGAAGGCGGAAGCGCGGCGGAUGAUUUGUUGGCGCCGGGGAGAUCCGUGGAGGAGCGCGGUGUGACUGUAGAGGGCGUGGCUAAAGUGGAUCGCGGAGAAAGCUCGUCCACGCUCGCUCGCGCGCUCCUCACCGCGGGCGGAGACGCGGCGGUGCUCAUUCUCUUCGCAUACAUUGGCAGAGCCACGCACGUGUCUGCCGCAAUCGACUGGGAGCUCAUCAAAACAGCCCAGCCGUUCCUCGCUGGUUGGUUCAUCUCGGCCAUCAUAUUCGGCGACUACAGCGUUGGGAGGCCUCUGCCCGCAACACCAGGAGAUGCUGCCAAGGAGGCAGGGAAGACGUGGGCGCUGGGCGUGCCGCUAGGCAUUGCGUUCCGUAGUCUCAUCAAGGGCCAGCCGCCUCAGCUGCCGUUCCUAGCAGUCGCCAUCGUCAUGACCUCACUGCUCAUGCUCGGUUGGAGGGCUGCCCUCGCUGCGGCUCUGCCUGGAGAUGGCGGGGAGAAGUCCAAGGUGGACCGCAAGGGGAGCGUGUUCGAGCUGCUGGAGACGCUGCCCUUCCUAGCAGUCGCAAUCGUCAUGACUGCAGUUUUCAUGCUCGGUUGGAGGGCUGCCCUCACUGCGGCUAUGCCUGGAGAUGGCGGGGAGAAGUCCAAGCUGGACCGCAAGGGGAGUGUGUUUGAGCUGCUGGAGGUGAGGUGGUUUCGCUGUUCAGUAGAGGAGAUAGUUGCGCAGUCCCCUCGUCCCUCCCUUCUGGCACAUCCCCUCUUCUUAGAAGCUUCUUUUGGCGGUGGUGAGGUGAUAGGUGGUCCUAUGGCAGUGUGGGCUGAAGGAUUUGAGAACCCCGUAGGUUCGGGCAAUGGGGCCGACACGGCGCACGCGAAGAGACUGAUAGCCGAGCGUGCUCGCGCUGACGCGGAAAAGGCUAGAGCUGCGGCGGAGGAGAGGCGCGCGGAGGCUGUGAAAUUACGCGUCGAGGCGGAAGUAAAGCUGCAGGCGGCGGAGGAGAAGCGAAGGUUGGCGGAAGAAAAGCGGAGGAUCGCGGAGAAGGCCAAAGAGGAGGCGCAAGCUCGGCAGGCGGAGGCGGAGAGCGCGCAGGCGGAAGCGGAGAGGAAGGCGGAGGCAGCAGCGCGGCGGAAAGCGGAGGCGGCGGAAGCGAAGGAGCAGGCGAAUGCGGCGAAGCAGCGCGCGGUGAGUGCGCGGGAGGAGGCAGAUGCGAAGAGAGAGCGCGCGGAGCAGGCGAAGGCGGAGGCUGAUGAGAAGAGGGAGAAAGCUGCGCAAGCCAAGGCAGAGGCAGACCGGAAGCAGGCUGAGGCAGAGCAAGCGAGGGAGACAGCCGAGGCUGCGAGAGCGAAGGCUGUGAGCGGGAGGGAGGUUGCGGAGACAGCCCAGCGGGAGGCGGAACUGGCGAAGGAAGAAGCGGAGAGGGCGAGGGGCGAGGCGAAGCAGGCUCAGGAGAAGGCGGAGGCUGCUCGGGCUGCUGCGGAGGGGAAGAGGGAAGAGGCGGAGAAGGCGAAGCAGAGCGCGCGGGCGCGACUGGAGGAGUCUGUGGCGCUGAAAGAAAGGGCCGCGGAGGCGAGAGCUGCGGCGGAAAAGGAGCACGCGGAGCUGGAGAGGCGGAAGGGCGAAGCAGAGAGAGCGCGGGAGAAGGCGGAGGCGCAGCGGAGGGAUGCUGAGGAGAAGAAGCAACACGCUGAGAAGGCGAAGGAGGAGGCGGAUCGGAAGAGGAGUGAGGCGGAAAAGGCGAAGGAGGAGGCUGGGAGGGCGAAUCUGGAUGCGGAGAGGGCGAGAGAGGAGGCGGAGAGGAGGAAGGAGGAGGCGGAGGGGAAGCGGGGUGAGGUGGAGAGGAAGCAGCAGGAGGCGGAGAGGUUGAGGGAGGAGGCGGAGAAGGGGAGGCUGGCUGCGGAGCAAGCGAGAGUGCAGGCGGAGCAGGCGAGGGAUCGGAAGGAGCUAGAGCUGAAAGCUGCGGCCAACUGA